GGGACUCGCUGCCGGCACGCUCGGCGGGCGCUGGGCGGUCCCGCCCCUUUUGCCAGCCGCGUCCAGGUGGAGGUGGCCGCGGAAGUGAACGCGACGGUUCCCGCGGAGGAUUUCUGACGAUUAGAUCUGUCCACAAGAAGUAAUCUGGCAAGGCUGCUUUUCUGUGCUAAAACUGAAGAGCUGACUGGCAUCAUGAAAGUCUUCUGCGGGCGGGCCAAUCCGACCACGGGAUCUGUGGAGUGGCUGGAGGAGGAUGAGCACUAUGAUUACCACCAGGAGAUUGCAAGAUCAUCCUAUGCUGAUAUGCUGCAUGACAAAGACAGAAAUUUAAAAUAUUAUCAAGGUAUCCGGGCUGCCGUGAGCAGGAUGAAGGCCAGAGGACAGAAGGCCUUGGUUCUUGACAUUGGCACUGGCACAGGACUCUUGUCAAUGAUGGCGGUCACGGCAGGGGCUGACUUCUGCUAUGCCAUUGAGGUUUUUAAGCCUAUGGCUGAUGCUGCUGUGAAGAUUGUAGAGAAAAAUGGCUUCAGUGAUAAAAUUAAGAUUAUCAACAAGCAUUCCACUGAGGUGACCGUAGGACCAGAUGGUGACAUGCCAUGCCGUGCCAAUAUCCUGAUCACGGAGCUGUUUGACACAGAACUGAUUGGAGAGGGAGCACUGCCCUCCUAUGAGCAUGCUCACAGACACCUUGUGCAGGAAAACUGUGAAGCAGUGCCUCACAGAGCAACUGUCUACGCUCAGCUGGUGGAGUCCAGGAGGAUGUGGUCAUGGAAUAGACUCUUUCCUGUCCAUGUCCAGACCAUCCAUGGAGAGCAGGUCAUAGUUCCCCCCUUGGAGCUGGAGAGGUGCCCUGGUGCACCCUCUGUCUAUGACAUUCAACUGAACCAGGUGUCAUCCACUGACUUCACCGUCCUCAGUGAUGUGCUUCCUAUGUUCAGUGUGGACUUUAGCAAGCAAGUCAGUAGCUCUGCAGCCUGCCACAGCCGGCAGUUUGAACCCCUGGCAUCUGGCCGAGCUCAGGUGGUUCUCUCCUGGUGGGAUAUUGAAAUGGACCCCGAGGGGAAGAUCAAGUGCACUAUGGCCCCCUUCUGGGCACACUCAGACCCAGAGGAGCUCCAGUGGCGGGACCACUGGAUGCAGUGUGUGUACUUCCUGCCACAAGAAGAGCCCGUUGUCCAAGGCUCAAGCCUCUUCCUGGUAGCCCACCACGAUGACUAUUGUGUAUGGUACAGCCUCCAGAGGACCAGUCCUGAAAAGAAUGGGGGUGUCUACCCAGCACGCCCUGUGUGCGACUGCCAAGCUCACCUGCUCUGGAACCGGCCUCGGUUUGGAGAGAUCAAUGAUCAGGACAGAACUGAUCAGUAUGUCCAGGCCCUGAGAACAAUGCUGAAGCCAGACAGUGUGUGCCUGUGCGUCAGUGAUGGCAGCCUGCUCUCCUUGCUGGCCCAUCACCUUGGGGCAGAGCAGGUACUGGACAUGCACCAUUCUGUCAGCUUCCUGAAGGUGUUUACAAUAGAGAGCUCAGCAGCUUCGCACAGACUGAUGAAAAAAAUUUUCAAGGCUAACCACCUGGAAGAUAAAAUUAACAUAAUAGAGAAACGGCCUGAGUUGUUAACAUCUGCAGACUUGGAAGGUAAAAAGGUAUCUCUUCUCCUGGGCGAGCCGUUCUUCACCACUAGCCUGCUGCCAUGGCACAACCUGUACUUCUGGUAUGUGCGGACUGCUGUGGACCAGCAUCUGGGACCUGGUGCAGUGGUGAUGCCCCAGGCUGCUUCGCUGUAUGCUGUGGUUGUGGAGUUCAGGGACCUGUGGCGGAUCCGGAGUCCCUGUGGUGACUGCGAAGGCUUUGAUGUGCACAUCAUGGAUGACAUGAUUAAGCGUGCCCUGGACUUCAGGGAGAGCAAGGAGGCCGAGCCCCACCCGCUGUGGGAGUACCCCUGCCGCAGCUUGUCUGAGCCUCAACACAUCCUGACCUUCGAUUUCCGGCAACUGGUCCCCCCGCACCCGCUCCGUGCUGAGGGCUCCAUCAACCUGAGGAGGCCUGGGAGGAGCCAUGGGGCCGUCCUGUGGAUGGAAUACCACCUGACUCCGGACAGCACUGUCAGCACCGGCCUCCUGAAGCCUGCCGAAGACAAGGGGGACUACUGUUGCUGGAACCCCCACUGCAAGCAGGCUGUGUACUUCUUCACCACACCAGACUGCAGAGUGUCGCUGGGUGGCUCCCGGACUGUCGGCUACACCGUGGAGUUCCACCCCCACACCGGAGACAUCACCAUGGAUUUCACCCUGGCUGAUGGGUGCCGACCCUCACCUGUUGAAAAAUAAAGUGGCCCCAGGGCUCUGGGCUCUGAAUGGCGUGGCUUUCUGGGAAGCAAGGUGAAGGCACCUCUCUUUUCAGGGCCGUUUGACCUCUGGGCCCUGAGGAACCUUCCCUUUUUGCAUUUUUGCACCACCAGCUCCUUGCUUCAGGUGUGAUGGGCAGCAUGAGCUGCUGACUGAAUUGGGAGCUGAGCGGGGGCCAGGGAGCCACCCUGCCAUGGUUCUGAAGUGAUCAGAAAACUUAAUGUGUCAGCGUCCCUCUGCUGUCCUGGAGUUGGCUGGGAUGGGCAGGUUGUGUGCUGCUCUCAGCCUCUCAGUGCUGUGGUGGGUUUGCUUCCCCUGUUGGAGCCAGCCCCGCCUAUCCUAAGGAACCUCUGGAUCCCUCCUGCUUGGCUCCAGCUAGAGGCAGAGAUGCAGAUUGUGGCUAGGCCCUGGGCUUGAAAGACCCUAGCAGGCACAUCCAUAAGCAUCUGGCUUCGGUGUGCAGCCUCAGCAGAUGACCAAGACUUGACACCUGCACAUCAGGCUGUUGCUCAGGGGAUAGGGAGGAGGUUGUCUCAGCAUUUCCUGAGAUGCAGACCCAGGAAACCAGCCAUCAGGAGGAGGAGCCAGGAGGUAAAGCCUUUUCCAGUGUGCCCCUAUUCUAGCAGAGGGACCUUCUGCCACCUUGAAGUGUGAGGCAGAUGGGUGCGGUCGGUGUAGCCACCCCACCCUAGCCUUGCUUGUGCCAGGGGGAAGGCUAGAGUCCUGAGGAGGCCCAGCCUUCUCCCACUGAAGAUGCCCUUUGCUCUUUAUUUCUGCUUCCCCAGAGAACAGGAGGUAGUAGGAUCCCAGGUGGCCUGGUUUUCUGGUGGUUUGGGGCAGACUUGGCCUGUUCCCAUGUGGGUGGGGGGCGAGGUGGGAAAUACGGGCCCCCCCGCAGCCUAGCCCCAGCUUGCCACUCAAAUAAGAGAACACCAGCCUUGAGCCUCACAGUUUUAUUUUCUUGUUAUCCAUCCUUCUGUUCAGCACCAAUAAAGGGAAAAAACACCUCUCUUUUCAAAAUA